ACACACCACGUUCCUUCGAGUCACGAUAAAUUUUUCGGCGAUUUUCAUCCCCAUUUCACCCACAGCAUUAUGCUUAUCUGCACAGUCAUAAUGUUAAGUUUAAGAGGUGGUGUGAUAUUGAGAUUUAUGUUGUGAACGUUGAAUGUAAAAACCUUCUCGAAAUAAAAACAUGUUGAAUUUCAAGUGUGCUCGCGGAUUAAAAGUCUGAGAAAUAUGUCUAGUUGGAAAGCAAUUGGUUCGUUUGAGUAACUAUUAAGUAACUUUUUACGAAGUGGUUUAGUUGAAUACCAAAAUACUAGUACUGUCCUUUAUGUUGUGUUUCAAUGUUUGGAAUGUACUCUCUGUAUACGCAGGUGGUAGACUGUCAGUAGUGGCUAAUAAAUCACGAAUCUUACCUGUGAAAUCAUGGGGAGGUCCGGAAAUAAUUUCAAAGCAGCAAUGGCGUUCAAAUCAGUCGCAAACUCGACAUGCAUUGAUGGAUUUGCGCCGGAAAGCAAUCCCAGUUGACCGUCAACGACAGGUAUUGUAUGAGCUUGUAGAAAAACUGGACCGCUCGCCACAGGAAAAAAGUUUUGCCAUUCAGGAAGGGGCAAUUGAACUGUUCAAGGAAUAUCUUCACUUAUCCGAUCCGGCUAUUGUAGAACAUGCUCGAUUGGGGCUGGCACUGCUGGGAUAUGUUCCACCCCUUCCAUCCCCUGGAAUUAGAAUACUCAGUAUUGAUGGUGGAGGGAUACGUGGUAUCAUAGUAAUGGAAUUGCUCAGGAAAAUUGAGAAAUUGACUAACAGGAGAAUUUUCGAUUUAUUUGAUAUGGUGUGCGGAGUGUCGACUGGAGCAAUCCUGGUUUGCGCUCUUGCUUCCGAGAAAAAUCUCACCUUGGACGAAGGACUUCACCUGUAUAAGAAAAUGAGCCACAAAAUGUUCCACCGACCGACCACUCUCGACAAACUUACUGGAGCAUCUCGUCUAGUCUCAAGCCAUGCUUAUUAUGACGUAGAGCUGUGGGAAACACUACUCAAACGGCAUAUUGGCCACCGUAGAAUAAUUGACACUUCUAAAUUGCUUCACGUUCCAAAGUUUUGCUGUGUUUCAACUACCAUCUGCGAUGAUUAUAUUGAUGCCCAUGUAUUCCGGAACUACACCUUUCCCCUGAAUGUUCAGUCGGUGUACUCAGGAAGCCAUAGAGCGCGCCUCUGGGAAGUAGUGCGAGCCUCAUCCGCUGCACCAGCUUAUUUCGGCGAUUUCCAACUUGGUGAUCAACUGCACCAGGACGGUGGUAUACUGUACAACAAUCCGACUACGGUGGCGAUUCACGAGGCCAAAUGUUUAUGGCCUGGUGAAAGAAUUCAAUGUGUAGUUUCGUUCGGCACGGGUAGAACCCGAACACGACCAAAGGACUGGAAGGACGGCCAGAAAAUUAUCAGUGAAAAUAUGCUCGAACGGGUAUCGCUCUCCAGCUCCUGGAAAACGAAGUUUCUCAGAAUAUUGGACUCCGCCACCGAUACCGAAGCGACUCACACAAUUCUUAGUGAUUUGUUGCCUGCUGGGCGCUAUUUUCGAUUCAACCCAUAUCUAACUGAGUUUCUUUCGAUGGUCGAGAUUCGCCCGGAGAAGAUCGCUCAGCUGGAGCAAGACACCAUGGAGUAUUUUUUGCGCAACGAGGAUAAGUUCGAGAUGGUAGCAGAUUUGCUCACACAAAAGCGGAAUAUACUUUCGAAGGCGUACGCUUCGAUUCGCACUGCUUUCAGUUGAAUUUACAGAUUUUUUUACCAUAUUUAAAAGUGAUAAAGUUCCAAAGAUGUCGAAAGGUAUUAAGCAAAUACCCGUCCCAGAAAGAGAAAGAGUAUCGUUUAACUCGCGCGAAGAUGAGUUUAUUUAUCAGAAACAUUUUUAUUAUAAUUUUACCGACUGAUUUAUUAACUCGUGCCGAGCUACUGUUUACGAUGUGAUUUAUGUUCACCGGACCACGGGGCACAUUUUACCAGAAGAAAGCAGGAUUACAGGAAUAAACAAACUGUGAAAAACAA